UUCUCCCGCCUACGCACUUCCGCCAGUUCCGACCGACACCGCGCUACCGGGAGAAGCAGCAGAUAAACAAUCGAAGACCCCGAAGCAAACUUCUUUGUUUCCCUAGCUUUAACCACCGCUUCAACCACACCAUGUCUGACAAGAUGAGCAUGUCUCUGGACGACAUUAUUAAGAUGAAUCAGAAAGGAACAGGCGGCAGGGGAGGAUCGUCCAGGUCGGGCGAAAGUUCAGGACGGACAGGCGGAUCGUCCAGGCCGGUGCGGAGUCGGCAGAAAAACUUCAACCGUGAGAGGAACAACAGAUCCACUCCUUACACAAGGGUAUGAAAAAGAAGCAGAUUCUCGAAAAAAGAACAAAUAGUGAAUUGUGUUUUGGUGUAUCUCGAUGGCUCGACGAGGUCCCGGUAGGUUUCAGGCUAGAGGACGGCGCUUUUGUAAUGGUGAAAACCACGAGUAACUGCGGGAAGGAAGCCUUAAGCCCCCAGACACAUGAAAAUGCCCACGCAUGUUCACGCAACCGGGCUAAAAUCCGACUAAUAUCUACAACUUUUAUGAUGGCAGAAAACUAAUCACCACGUGACACUUCCUUGGAUGGAGUUUUGCUCAAGAUGGCAGCUUUGAGUCGAGGAUGUCCUUUUGUUUGAGGGGUGAGAGGUUAGCUACUACCCGCCUAGGCCCCAACCUGUUGGUAAUGUCAAGAUUAGAGAUCAAUAUUAUCAUUUACAUAGGGGUCCACCGAUGAAUAAUUGAGUAUUGAUUUACGCCAAUACACGAUACGAUAUAUAUUGGUAUCAUGAAUAAUCGAGUAAUUCGCCGAUUGCUGAUUAGCGUUGCUAUGAUGUCACAUCAGUAUAAUGAUAGAAAGCUGUGUGCACCAGCGCUGAGUGAAAACCCUGUUCAAUAUUGUGAGUAGUCCUAUUAUUUUUAAUGGAAGACUUUAUCAUACUCUCAUGUUUGUACCAAAUCCUGCUGAUAUUUUAAGAGAAACAAAAUAGGUACAGUUCGGAGUUAAAAACGUUCUUUAAAAAAUAACAUCAGAUGCUGUAUUCACUAUGUGUUACAUCCAUACAGGUCUGGGUCCCCUUACCUCCUUUCUUGCAAGGAGCCCCCUCACACUGCUUUGUUUGUACAGUUGCACAGAACAGACAAACCAUGAACAGCAAUGAGCAUAGCUGUAUUUUGUGAGCAGCCACAGGUUGGAACAGAAAGAAGAAGUUGGUAGCACAAAAUAAUUUGAAUUUAUAGACAGGGGCACAUGGUGUUUCUUUUACCAUUUUGUACACAUACAUACAAACCUUUUGUCCUUAAUAAAUAAGGCACCAAGCCUGUCCUGUGCUUCAAUUUAUCUGUUAUUUUUAUCUUUUAUGUUAAAAUUUAUGUUAUUGUGACAGUCUAUUUGUUGUAUACAUUGGACAGGACAAACAUUAUUUCACAAAGUGCAGCAGAUCAUUUCCUAAAGUAGUAAUCGUCAUAAUAAUCAUUUCGCACUGCAGACACGGUUGUUCUUCUGCCUUAGCAUCUCAGCCUGAUUGCAUUUCCAUGAAGUAAUGAUCAUAAAUGUUCUUCCUUGAGCUGCUUAACGCCGCUUCACUUAUUAAACAACUUGUCAGGGCCCCCUUCAAACAAGCAGCCUCUGGAGGAGAGUGGGUGGUCCAUGGUUAAACCAACCUAGCCUUCAUCUCUGUCAUAUUCAUUGCUUUAAAAAUGGUCCAAUUCAUCAUGUCUUGUGUUGGGAUUUUGUGCCUCUAAUCACCAAACAUUGUGAUUUUUUUCCUCCAAUGAAACUUAUGACUGUUUGUUCUUUUUUCCUUUCCUCAGCCCAGAGAACUGCCAGACAAAUGGCAGCACGACAUGUUUGAGGACCAUGUUAGUGGUCGCAGGGAACAGAGUGCAGGAGCUGAGAGAAGUGCAGACAAUAGCAGCAAGCUGCUGAUUUCCAACCUGGACUUUGGUGUCUCUGACUCAGAUAUCAAGGUAUUUUUUGUGUGAAUCCCAGCUUUUCUGGAAACCAGCUAGUACUGUGUGUUUGGAGCAAGUCUGAUGGUUUUUUUUGUCUCUUCACAGGAGUUGUUUGCUGAGUUUGGUGAGUUAAGGGAAGCAUCUGUACACUACGACAGGUCCGGCCGCAGCAAAGGAACUGCAGAUGUUCAUUUUGAAAAGAGGGCAGAUGCUCUCAAAGCCAUGAAGCACUAUGAUGGUGUUCCACUUGAUGGUAAAAAUACAUUUCUCAUGCUAUGCUCAUGUUGUUGUGCUGAGUUAAUCUUUAGAAGCAAAGCGUUGUCAUAGUUAGAAAUACAUAAAAAAACGAUUGUUCAUUUUUCUCUUUAGGUUGUCCCAUGAAAAUCCAGCAGGUGACUUCAGAUAUGGACACACAGAGUAGACAAUCUGUACAAAGGUAAGUUAUGAGAGAGUGUUGAUGCAUUUUGUAAGAGCUCAUAAACUCCUUUUUUCCAUGCAGUUAGUUUUUUACAAUUUUCAAUCCAUGUGGGUUUUAGUCAAUUCAUUUUUUUUGGUGGCAGUGCAAAACAAAAUAUGAAUUGAAACUCACUAAUCUUAACCAAAAGUGCAUUUACAGAACAGAUUGGCCUUCUGUUUGUGGCUUGGCCUCUUAUUAAGACUGGUAACAUGUCCUUUUACAUAUGAAUACAGUUUGUCUUUCAAUAAUUGACUGCUAGACUUUUAUACAGAAAUCAUGAAAAUUGGAAGUUUGACUUUAAACAGGGAAGGGAGUAUUGACAUUCCCUAAAAAUGAGCCACUGAACUUGAAAGUCUUGUGCAUAUUGUGAGUCUGCCAAAGUUCUGCGACAAACUUCAACUAUCAUCACACCUUUUUACUUUCAUUUGUGUCCCGGUGCAAAGUUUCACAUUGCAUUACGGUGUUGUGGAGUUGUUUAGAGCCGUCUUUACAGAAGUCUUAAUAUUGCACCUCUAACUGAUUGUGUUUAAGUGGCUGAACUCAAAACAGCCCUGAAUACCAUAGCUUGGCUUUGUAGUUUAUUUCCCUUUUAAAGCAACAUUUGUGUGUGUUAUAUUUUCUGUUUUAGCCGAGGGUUUGAUCGCAGCAGGCUUGGACAGCCCAGGUUUGAAAGAAGUGAAAGAGGCGACAGAAGUGAAAGGGGUGACAGAAGUGAAAGGAGGCGAGGAGGCAGAGGUGGAAGUUUCAGGGGUCGAGGAAGAGAAAGAGGAGGGAGAGGAAACAGACCCCAACUUACCGCUGAAGAGCUUGAUGCUCAGUUGGAUGCCUACAAUGCAAAGGUAUGUACUAAGAAAGAAUGAAGCCAUUUAAGGUUGUGACAAAACUUUGACAGUUGUUGUUAAUGUACCAACCCUUGUCUUGUAUUUAAUUUCAGAUGGACACCAGUUAGAAGUCCUCAGAGAGAAGAAAGCUGCCCAUUUCCAUUUUUUUAAAUCAGGUUAAUCGAUGUUUUUUUUUUUUUUUUGACACAUUUGUUUUGAAGCCAUUUUAUUGUCAGGACCAUGAUGUGUUGAUGAUUUUAAUAUGUCUGAGUAUUUUUGUAGCUGUUUAUUCUUAGGCAUUUUUCCUAUUUGAGGAGAUUUCUCCUUGGCCACCAGCUCCUUUUGCCCUUCCAUGGAAAAUAUCUUGGAACUUUUCACAAAACUUUUUUUGUUUUCUAAAAUAAUGUGAGCAUGACUUAUUGGUUUGACAGAGGAUUACUGUAAAUGCAGCGUUGAUAAAUGUUGAAUUCUGUUUAUAGAUCUGCCAUUAUGAACUUGACGUAUCAACAAAUUUCAGAGUUUUGUACAUAAAUGAUUAUAUCAAACUGUAUUUGUGCUGUUUGUGGAUUCUUUGAGAAAGUCUUUCAGUUUUCUUUUUGUGUCUCACUGUCCAAAAAUGUCAGAAAUGUAAAUGUGUUGAGAUGAAAACAAGAAUAGGUCAUAAUUUUUUCAAAUCUGUGCGUUCUGACAUCAAGUUAGUCAUCUAUAGCUGUACAGGCAUCUUUUGUUGUUUUUGUGAAUAUCAAAAAAAUUAUGUAGUAAUUAAAUAAAGAUAGAGGCUAUGAAGCAG